GGCGAAUUUUCUAAAUCUUCUCCAUGCCCCACAUCUUUUGGUGUCAAAACAUGCGGUAGCAAGAUCCAGAUAAGAAAAUGUACAAAUCCCAAAAAUGACUUGCAAUUACAACGCAAUACUGAACUGAACAUUGAUAACUGUCCUCCUGAGUCCCCUGCCCAAUGUCCACAACCAGGGGUUGCUAGAACUGAAAAAGCUCAAAUCAUUCUAGGUGGAAAUGAGGUGACUCCACCAUUCAAUUAUCGAUGGAUGGCUAUAUUUUUGGAUAAUAAGGGAAAUCUUCAUUGUGCCGGCACGGUUCUUAGUCCAAGCCAUAUAUUAACAGCAGCACAUUGUUUCACUGAUUUGCAAAUGCCACUAUCUUCCUUUAAAAGGUUAAUCACAGUCAAAACUGGCAAACAUGAUAUACCAAAAGAGGAACCUUAUGAACAAAUAAGAAAAAUUAAAAAUGUGUCUGUUAAUAAGGAUUUUGACUCAUUGAAUAAUGAUAUUGCUAUAGUUACCCUUGAUUCACCACUUCAGUUUAAUGAAUACACGCAACCAAUUAAUCUUCCUCAAACUGCUAGCUUUGAUGCACAAACCGUGAAGAAAUUACGGAAAGGUCUGUGUAAAGUUGUUGGAUGGGGCGUUCACGAUGCAUCAAAUCUUUUUCAGUACUCAGAUAUUUUAAGGAAUGUAGAAAUCAAUCUUCAAAGAAAUUGUACUCUAAACUCAGUAUCUGAUAGAGAAAAAGUGACAGACAAUAUGUUCUGUGCUUCUGCUAAAAACCCAAAUAAGACCCAUGGGCCCAUAAGAUUUGAUUCAUGUUUUGGUGAUUCUGGGGGACCCUUAAUGUGUCGUGUAACAGACAAAUGGUAUCAGCAUGGUAUAGUAAGCUGGGGACCUUCCUUUUCAUGUGGGGAACAAUCUGGGGUAUAUACCAAGGUAGCUAACUAUAUAGAUUGGAUCAACAAUGAAAUUUCCACUCCUGGGGGCUGGGGAGAAUUCAGUGGGUAUUCCCCAUGUUCAGCAACUUGCGGAAAGGGGAUCAAGUCUCGGGUAAAAGUGUGUACAAACCCAGAACCCAUUGGCAAUGGAGUAUGUUCUGACUAUAACUUUGUGACAGCUGAUGGUAAAAUGGUGUACAUAGAAGAUGAGGAAUGCAUCUCUUCAGCUGCAUGUGUUUGAUCUCCAGAGACUCAGAGCACAGAAUGGCAACAGAAACUGAAUCUAUCAUGUACAUGAAUCUACAGUUGAAAUAAAAUACAUUCUGUACUAAUUACAUGUAUAAGCAAUAUUUUCUCAUGUUGGUUGCCGGUGUGUAUAAUAUUAUCUUCCUGUGAGUCAGCAUCAAACCUUACCCUUUCAAUUUUUUUAGGUCCUUAGUAAUACAUUGGACCUGUACAUUUCUGACAUUUUUGGAAAGGUUU